AUGGCGGGAAAAAUGGUGCUCUACAAGUUGGUGGUCCUCGGCGACGGAGGCGUCGGCAAGACGGCCUUGACCAUCCAACUAUGCUUACAGCAUUUUGUCGAAACAUAUGACCCGACGAUCGAGGAUUCUUACCGAAAACAAGUCGUCAUAGAUGGUCAAGCGUGUAUGCUCGAGGUCCUGGACACAGCCGGCCAAGAGGAAUAUACAGCGCUGAGAGACCAGUGGAUCCGGGAUGGCGAGGGCUUCGUCCUCGUAUACAGCAUAUCCUCGCGCUCAUCCUUUUCCCGCAUCAAGCGGUUUCACCACCAGAUUCAGCGUGUCAAGGAGUCUUGCUCGGCAUCGCCUUCCUACCCUGGCUCGCCCAUAACGGCCGCCGCUCCAGCGAGCUCUGUGCCAAUUAUGCUUGUUGGUAACAAGAGCGACAGGUCGACAGAGCGCGAAGUCUCGACGCAAGAAGGCCACGCCCUCGCGCGAGAGCUUGGUUGCGAGUUCGUCGAGGCCUCAGCCAAGGCGUGUAUAAACGUGGAGAAGGCAUUUUAUGAUGUGGUCCGGAUACUGCGACGACAGCGCCAGUCGAAUCCUCGCCCGCUGCCUCCCGGAGGUCGACCCCAGCAGCGUGGCAACGGUGAUGCCGAUAGAGGUCAUGGCGGAAAAGAUCCAAACCGUUACCGGCGGCAGCGCAGCCGUUGCGUCAUAUUAUAA